UAUCAAAUUAGAUUGCUAUUGCGAAUUAAUUAUUGAAAUUCUCAGUGUAUCUGCAGAAUAUCUCAUAUUGUUAUUUUUUCCGCAAAAAUACGAUAAAACAAAAUCAAAUACUCACGACCCGGAAGUAGUAGAUGAAAAAGCAACUGCCGUCUAUGGUCUGAAACAAAACAAUGGGGGUAACUUGCGUGUGCCAGGUGCCUGUGGCGGAGGGAAAGAGCGUGCAACAGACAGUGGACCUCCUGCAUAAGAAGCUGGAGCAGCUUGGAGCCGUGAAACAACAAGGCAACUUCUGUGUGGACUGUGAAACAUAUCACGCCACUGCUACAGCCAGCGGUCAGCCCUCUAAGCUGCUUUAUGUGAUGCACAACUCUGAAACUCCACUGAGCUGCAUGGCCUUGUUCGAAGGGGGCCCUUGCCUUGUGGCUGAUGCAAAUUUUGAUGUUCUUAUGAUAAAGCUGAAAAGCCACUUUCAGAAUGCCAAAGGACACAAGGUGGAGUGCAGAGGGUCAAAAUAUCGUUACAGUGACUUCUCAAUCAAAGUUGGAACGGUGACAAUGAACUCCAGUGCUAGAGGGAUAUCAGUCGAGGUGGAAUACUGCCCCUGUGUGGUUCCUGGGGACUGUUGGAAUCUCAUGAAGGAGUUUAUGCAGUCUUUUCUUGGUUCAAAUGUUCCUGAACUACCCUCUGUUUUCACUGUGAAACCAGAAGGGCUUUUUGCUCCAUCAGACUGUAUUGACACCAUGACGCAGUAUCUGGAGUUGUUCAACAAACUUCGAAAACUACAAAUGCCUGGAAGUAAUAUGAGAGUAUAGAUUAAGACUUUUAUCAUUUGUUGUCAAACAUUCAUUGCGCUGUGGAUUAGUAAUUAUUUGAUUUAUACAAUGUCUAUUAAAUUACUAAACUUUUUAUAUCAUA